AUGGAGUUGUUGCGCGAAUGCUGGAACAAGCGGAUAACUCCAGAACAAUUUAUUAGUCUAAUUCCAGAACAGCAAGAAAUUGAAUUUUCCAAACACUUAUUAAGCAUUUGUGGAUCGGAUUUUCAACCUUGCACGUUAUUUUUAGAUUAUCUUGAGAAACUUCUUCAUAAACCAAGCGUAUGUGAAGAAGUGUUCUGUAAUAUCUCAGAUUAUGAUAAAUCUGGCCUCAUAUCAUUACUAAAAUACAAAGGUCAAAUUUUAUUCAACCACCUUGAUGUUGGAUCAGAAAAUGCAGCUAAAUGUGCCUUAAACGCGCUUUCUCUAUGCUUAGAAACUGGAGAUCAAUCGCAAUCUUUAGAGAUAAUUGAUAAACUUACAGAAACUUCCAAAUUUGGCAUUUUAAUAGCCUCAUCACGCAUGUAUUUCCCUACUGAAUUCGAAGAAAUAUCACAUAGAGCUAAAAACGUCAUCUUAAAUCCAAAUGUACAAUCUUCUAUUCCUUUUCCAAUGAACUUAUUACGUAGAGCACUAUUUUCACCUAAGAUAACAAAAGCAGUAUUGUUUUCUCGUCAUGAUCUUACUCUAAUGACUCUUUCCAACAUAAUUCUCGAUUCUCCUGACCCAACUUGUUUAUCAUUCCUCGAAUUACCAACAUUUUAUCAUUUAUAUCUUCAUGCAGUUACUAAUUAUCUUACAAAUCCUUCUCUUCAUUCAGCUUUUUUAGUUACAAAUUUACUUGUCAGAGUUUACGUAAAACUCACUGGUGGAGAUACAGAAAAACUUUCAGUAGAUAGAUAUUCUGAUGUAUAUCUGCCAGAAUUACUCUCCAAACUACAAAAUUUAAGUCAUGAUGAAUCAGAAUUUCUCAGUGAAAACAGAGAGAACUGCGACUACCUCAACCAAUCAACAGACUACUCUACUUUAUCAAGUAUCCUCAUUAAUAAUGAAAUAUCCAUCAAUGAUUCUGAUUUAAUUGAAUAUACUUUGAAAAAUCCUUCAUUUUCAAGUGAAAUCGUUGACCAUGUGUCUGGAAUCGUCAGAAAAUACGAUACUGACUUCAAAUCCUUCAUUAUAAGUGUUUUGAACCACUUUGACGACUUUUUAAAUUUAAUGAUCAGACAACACAAAUUUUUCACGUUUCUUCAAACAGUUCUUAACUUAUCUUUGUCAAUGAUUGAUAGAGAUCCUGUUGAAGACUUCGAGAUGUACCUUUAUUUCGGUCUUUCAUUGAUAAGAACAGCUUGGGGAACAGGAAACAAAAAUUUAAGACAAGAAAUCGAAGUUUUCAUUCAAGGCCAAGAUUCUGAGAACAUGAAACAUUUCCUAACGCAAUUCCUGCAUCCACACGAACACCCCAACUAUAUAGUCUUGGAUAAGAACUACCGAUUUAACACUUUGGUCAAAUUCAUGAAAAAAUUGAAUGAAAAUUCAAAAUUUGAAUUGACUUUAAAUGACGUCACUUCACCUAACUAUAUAUUGAUACUUAUCAAAGCCCUUGAUGUUGACGAUCCACGUCCCAUCAUUGACCUCCUCAGACAGAAGAAGCUUCCGCAUUUCCCUUGUGUUGACAUUUUGUUUAGACAAAUUUUGACAAAAAACGGUUUGCAAACAAAACGGCAAUUAGUUUGGAAACGCGUUGAUUAUGACACUAUCAUGCAGAACAGGCCGGAAGUUAUCAACGAUAUUACUCCAAUGCUCAUCGACCAAUUGAACAUGAUUUCUCACGAUGACAAUUUACAAGAUGAAUUUAAUGACAUUUUAACAAUUUGGUCGGCAUGGAGUGAUUUAUUCGGUUUUGACGUGUUCUGUAGUUUCCUUAUUGAAAAGGUUGUUUGGAAGACUGCGCACGCAUAUGUUCCUGAUGAUGCAUCAAGUCUUUUUGGUUCUGUUGCCUUUGUUUUGUGUCUUCUUGUAAAUGGAGAUGAAAAAAUGAUUGACAAAGCAAUAGAAAUUGGUUUGAAGUCAAUCAAUGAAUACGAGACAUCAAUGACUGUUUGUGUUGGAUUGAGUCAGUUUAUUUUGUCAUUUGUAUGUGUGUGUACAGGAGAUUGGAUGAAGAGAUUCACAAGAGUUAUCAAUGAAAGCAUGGACAUAAUUUACCAAGAUUUCGGAAAAGGAGAUCCGGAAUUUUUCGCUUUGUCAAUUAUAAAGACAUCACUUCUCAUGCCAAGCUUGCAGACAGCUAUACCCGAUGAUGUUGUUCACGCAUUAUUAAAGGUAGAUGACGCAAAAUGUAUAAUUGACUAUUUCAUCGUCAAAUCUGAUUCACAAAAAUCAAAUUCGGAUAUUUCUAAUAGUGAAUUUCAAAUAGAUCCAGAUGUUGAUCUGUUGUAA